AUGAUUGGCUACGCGGGCGGACAUGGGGUCCCGAAACUCCAGAAGCCCUGCGAUAUCAGCAAUCUGAUGUCGCCUCCCGAGCCCGCCCCUCUCGAUAUGUUUCGCUUAGCAGGGCCAGCAAACAAGAAUGCUGCCUCAGCCCCUGAUGCAUGUGUUCUGCAUCAACCGCUCUCACCCCCCGUUUCGCCCUUCUCAAAAGCGGCCAACACGAUUAGCCCGGCGCCUUCUCAGACUCUGGCCGGCGGCAAAGACCCGAUUCUCUAUCCCACCGGUGAAUUCCCCGCGAGCGCUCCUACCGGCCCCUUGUUCACGCCGACACCGGCCUCUGUCGAGACCUUCCGGGCAUCGACCGAGCGGUUGGUGAGCGAGCACAUCGCUUCAAGACCAGCCAGCCUUUUCCGAGACUCGACACCGCCGAGACCCGAGGAUUACGAGCUUGCCCUCUACUUCAAAUCCAACUGCUUCCGCAUGUUUCAGGAUAACCCGAAGGAAUGGUUGCGCAAGGAGCGUGAGCUUCUCCGGGCCGACCGCAAGCAUACCAAGCAUCCGGCACUCUCGUUCCAGCCGCCCAAGCUUCCGAGGCUUCCCCACAUUCUGCCAGCGUCCAAGGUUGCCGUACUGGGACCGCAGACAACCAAGGCGCCCACAGUUCGCGUGCAAAAGCUUAAGUCCCCGAAAGUUAAGGCGCAGAAUCCGAAGCCAAUCCGGGCCACGCCAUUGCCGCCCCCUCGCGAGACGAUCCGCGUCGGCACGCCCGAGCCUCGGGUACGGACUGUUGCGCCGAACCGCGAAGACAAGGAUUUUGCGUCCUUGAAGGAUCUCUCUCCGCCGCUGAGCACGCUUCCGCCAAAGCCGAACAGCCUAAAGGUUGACUGGAAGGGGAACGCGCUGGACCUGAGCAACGACCCGCACCGUCACCUGCUGCACCCGGACGAACUCAUCCUGGCGAGCAACCUCCGGCUUGACUGCGCGACCUACCUCACCAGCAAGCGGCGCAUCUUUUUGCGGCGGCUCGAGUGCGCGCGGAUCGGCAAGGAGUUCCGCAAGACGGAUGCGCAGCAGGCGUGCAAGAUUGAUGUCAAUAAGGCGUCGAAGCUGUGGCAGGCGUAUGAGCGGGUUGGGUGGUUGGAUAUUGAGUGGAUGCGGGAGUACCUGGCCCGCAAGGCUUGA